AUGUUUCAAACCAAAAACUUCUACCUAUGGCUUCUUCAAAUCAUAGGCCUAUUAGGCCUCCUUGCCCUUUGUUUAUGGCUAAGUUUACGUCCCAAAAAGCCAAACUUCACCAUCACUGAGUUCUCCAUCCCAACUUCUGUUAGCGAUGAGAAUCAAAGCGCUAGCUUCAAGUACGUUCUUGUAGUUAAGAAUCCAGACAAAGAGUCCAGCAUCUACUAUGAUGACAUUUUGAUGAGUUUCAAGUAUAAGCAGGACAUGGUGGGAAACAAUACAAUUCCAAGUUUUGAUCAAGGUAAAGAUAAAACCACUAAUCAAGUUAUAGAUAAGGUGGAUGUCAAUCCAAAGGUACGGGGAGCUCUUGCCAAGGCAGUUUCCAAUGGAACAGCUGAAUUGAAUGUUGAUUUAUCAACUAGCAUUCAAUACAAAACUUGGCACGUUAAGAGUAAGCAUCAUAAGAUCAAGUUUCAAGGUGUUGUUCCAAUUGGUGCGGAUGGGAAAAUAAAAGGCAAGAAGAAGAAGGUUAAGCUGCAUGGAAAUAAGGGCUAG